AUGGCUCUCCAAACCCCAGCAGGCGUCAAGAACAAAGAGGCGCCAAAGUUUGGCUGGGACCAUGAUGUUCCUGAAACGCCCUUCUGGUCCGAUCUCAAGUUCACGACAGGGCGCAACUUCCUCCAAAGCUACUCGCCUGACGAGCUUGGCGGCAUUGCUGCCGAUUUCGAGCGCCUCAACACGGCGCCGAAGGAAGACAAGUUGCGGUUCCUCCUCGAAACGCUCAACACCUCCCUGGCUGCUAAGAACGCAGACGUGCUCAUCAAAGAAGACUACAGGCUAUGGUCAAAGAUAAUGGUGGCCCGCAUCGCGUGCUUCUCGGAGCUGGGGCUGGUCACGGAGCAGGAGGAGGCGAUCCAGACUAUGAUCGACAACCCGCAGGAGCCGGGCGGGACCAACUACUCGGCGCUGAACAUGAUGGCCAGCAUCAGAGAGGAGCGGGGAGAGUACCCGGAGGCUGAAAGGCUGGCUAGACAUGUCCUGCCGUGGCUGGAGAACCUGCCGGGUUUGGAAGGUCAGGACAGCCCGCCUGCUAUGGGCACGCGGCGGUGCAUCAUUCGGUGUCUUUGGAAGCAGGGCAAACGGGAUGGCGCGAAGAAGUUCGCCGACGAGACACGCGAGAUCAUUGAGGGCAUGAGUGAGAAGCAGAGCAAGUUCAUGAAGUAUCAAGAUGAUGAGAGAGGGUACCUGGCGGAACAGUUAGACGAAUUGGAGAAAUGGGACAAGGAGCAAGGCAAGUAG